ACUGCACUAGUGACAUCUGGUUGUCAAAAAUAUUGUGUAGCCUUGUCUUCUACCGAAACCAAUACCGAACCACCACCUAAUUGGUUUGACGAAACGAAACUUUGGUCUUUUAUAACGUACUUCUGAUAAAGCAGAUACAUGCAUCAGCACACUGCUUUGAAAUAAACUGCUUAGCGAUUUCGACGGAUGCCUCGGAGCUCCGGUAUCAAACAUAACUUCACUAUCAAUACGUUGUCGUAUUGGAACGUUAGUGCUUUGAAAAUUGGAUCUAUUGGCAUCGGAGCUCAGGUGUCAAUCGUCCCAUCACUACAGAGACGUGGAGAAGUGAAGUACAGUGAACUAUGAAGCCGGGUCGAUGGAAAGGUCUCAGCUGGGUCCAAUUUUACUUUUCACUGCUCUGUGUCAUUCUGGACUUCCAGUUGGAUGGUGUCUCGGGGGAUAACGUGGAGAUUGAGAAACACCGUGAGAUGGGCCGUAAACUGUUGGAAUCUGGUCAACUUGCCGGGGCCCUGUCCCACUACCACUCUGCAGUGGGAUCAAUUUCCUCCUGCAAUGAAAUGGUUCAUAUCAAGAUCCAACAUCUCUACCUGACCUACUAUGAGCGGGCAGCUGUGUUUCUGGCAAUGGGGAAGUCCAAGUCAGCCCUGUCGGACCUGACCAGAGCUAUCCGACUCAAACCAGAUGACCUCAUUGCCAGACUGCAGAUGGGGAAUAUCUUCCUAAAGAUGGGCAACACCCAGAAGGCCCGGGAGAACUUUCAGGCUGUGCUGCAGCGCUCCCCUGACCAGGAUGAGGCGCGGCACCAGCUGAUGAGGGCCAACGAGCUGGAGGAGAUGCAGGAAAAGGCCCACGCGACCCACCACAGAAGAGACUACAGGACCACCAUCAAUGUGUUGGAUCGGGUUUUAGUGCUGUCCCCCUGGGACCCUGAGUCUCUGGAGCUCCGGGCUGAAUGCUACAUCCACCUAGGAAACACCAGGAAGGCCAUCCAGGACCUGACUCCCACCGCCUGGCUGAGGAAUGACAACCGUGCUGCCUUCCUCAAACUCAGUACCCUGCACUAUAGCCUGGGGGAGAACAAGGAGUCAAUAGGUCACGUCCGGGAGUGUCUGAAGCUGAACCAGGAUGACAAGAAGUGUUUGUCCCACUUCAAACAGGUGAAGAAGCUCAUCAAGCAGCUGGACUCUGCCGAGGAGCAUAUUAAGGAGGAGAGGUAUCAAAUGGCCAUAUCCGACUAUGAGUCAGUGAUGAAGACAGAACCUAAUGUCCCCUACUACACCAAUAAGGCAAAGGAGAGGAUCUGCUUCUGCCUGGUCAAGGAAAAGAUGGCUGCUAAGGCAAUAGACAUCUGCUCUGAAGCCCACCAGAGAGAUCCACGCAACAUCAACAUCCUUCGAGACAGAGCUGAGGCCUUCAUCCUCAACCGGGACUACGGUGAAGCGGUGGAAGACUACGAGGAAGCGAUGGAGUUUGACAUGGAGAACAAUGAGAUCAGGGAUGGUUUAAAGCGAGCCCAGGAACUGCUCAAGUUCACCCCAAAGAAAGACUAUUAUAAGAUCCUAGGUGUCGAAAGGAGUGCCAACAAAGAGGAAAUAAUCCAUGCAUACAGGCAGCAGGCCAAAAAGUGGCAUCCUGACAAGUACAGAAUGGAUUGGGAGAAGAGGAAGGCAGGGAAAAGGUUCAUUGACAUCACCUCUGCAAAAAAGGUGCUCACCGACCCAGAAAUGCGUAAGAAGUUUGACUCGGAAGUUUGAUCCCUGGACCCAGUGAGCCUGCAGGGUGGAGGAGGGGGUCAGGGUGGAGGAGGGGGUCAGGGUGGAGGAGGGGGUCAGGGUGGCCAGGGAUGGCCCUUCCACUUUAACCUGCGGCAGCAACUACAACUUCAAGUUCCACCACUAGUACUACAUAAUACAAUGCAAAAUAUAUAUAUUAAAAAAGUCUGUCUCUUCACAGUAACCGUCAUGCCGUAAGGUGUUCUUUUAUCUGGGUUUUUAAAAUAUUUUGUUACUGCUAUCUUGAGUUACCUUGGUUUGCAGAGUUCCAUGUAGUCAUCAUUGCUCUAUGUGCGUUUCCCAGCCUCUCUUCAGGACCUGGGGACUGUGAAGAGGCCUCUGAUUGCAUGUCUUCUGUUGUACUGAGUGUCCGACCUGUGUACCAACUGCUUGAACAGACAGUUUGGUACAUUUUAACACAUCAACACCUCAACACAAAGACCAAUAGUUGCGAUACAGUCAAUCUCUCCUCAACUUUGAGCCUGGAGAGACUGACAUGCGUACCACUGACAUUUGCCCUCUGUGUACAUCGAAGUGCAAUACGUACCGCUCUGUACGAGAUGUUUGUUCUCUUCACCACACAAACAAUAUUAAGUGUCUGUUCUGUUUGUUAAAUUUCUAUCUGCGAAGUUUUCAACGUUCUCCACUGAAUAUACCCUUGAAUCUACUUAAUUGACACAACAGGUGUUGUGAAAUAUUUAGUGACUUAAUCCUUCCUGGUUGUGUAUCCAAUCACCAUAGAGAAUGAUAGAUGUCUCUAGUUGCCAAAAGGCAGUUUUAGCAUUGGCAGUGCCAUUUGAGGACUUAGACCAUUUUAAUGUAGUCGAAUGGGUGGGACUUUCAACUUCGUUGGCUGAACCCUUCUGAUGACCUGGUUGGAGUGGAAUCAAAUCAAAAUCAAAUCUAAUGUUAUUGGUCACAUUCACAUGGUUAUCAGAUGUUAAUGUGAGUGUAGGGAAAUGCUUGUGCUUCUAGUUCCAACAGUGCAGUAAUAUCUAACAAGUGAUCUAACAAUUCCCCAACAACUAUCUAAUACACACAAAUCCAACAAGUAAUCUAACAAUUCCCCAACAACUACCUAAUACACACAAAUCCAACAAGUAAUCUAACAAUUCCCCAACAACUACCGAAUGCAAAAAAUCUAAAGGGGUGAAUGAGAAUAUGUACGUAUAUCUUACCUUUAUUUAACUAGGCAGGUCAGUUAAGAACAAAUUCUUAUUUUCAAUGACAGCCUAGGAACAGUGGGUUAACUGCCUUGUUCAGGGGCAGAACGACAGAUGUCUACCUUGUCAGCUCGGGGAUUCGAUCUUGCAACCUUUCGGUUACGAGUCCAACGCUUUAAACACUAGGCUACACUAGGCUGCCACCCCAACCCAUAUGGAUGAGCGAUGUCUGAGCAGCAUAGGCAAGGUGCAGUAGUCCAACGCUCUAAACACUAGGCUACCCUACGCUGCCGCCCCAACCCAUAUGGAUGAGCGAUGUCUGAGCAGCAUAGGCAAGGUGCAGUAGUCCAACGCUCUAAACACUAGGCUACGCUGCCGCCCCAACCCAUAUGGAUGAGCGAUGUCCGAGCAGCAUAGGCAAGGUGCAGUAGUCCAACGCUCUAAACACUAGGCUACGCUGCCGCCCCAACCCAUAUGGAUGAGCGAUGUCCGAGCAGCAUAGGCAAGGUGCAGUAGUCCAACGCUCUAAACACUAGGCUACACUAGGCUGCCACCCCAACCCAUAUGGAUGAGCGAUGUCCGAGCAGCAUAGGCAAGGUGCAGUAGUCCAACGCUCUAAACACUAGGCUACGCUGCCGCCCCAACCCAUAUGGAUGAGCGAUGUCUGAGCAGCAUAGGCAAGGUGCAGUAGUCCAACGCUCUAAACACUAGGCUACGCUGCCACCCCAACCCAUAUGGAUGAGCGAUGUCCGAGCAGCAUAGGCAAGGUGCAGUAGAUGGUAUAAAACAGUAUAUACAUGUGAGAUGAGUAAUGUAAGAUAUGUAAACAUCACGAAAGUGGCACUGUUUAAAGUGUCCAGUGAGUCCUCUAUUAAAGUGUCCAGUGAGUCAUGUUCAACCGGGUCAUCAGGAGGGAUCAGCCAAUCACGAAGGGACAUUUUUUUUGUUUGCUCAAUGGCUCAGCCCAUGCUGUCAAAGACGCUAUAAUGGCACAGGUACAAAGACGAGACCUCUCUCUCUCUCUAUGCCAAUCACACGACUCCUUCCUAGUUGUGUACCCAAUCAAAGGGGUGAGAGUGAAGCUUGUCUGUCUUCUUCCUGAAAGAGCCUGCGUUGUUGCGUUCUCCUUCUUUUUUCAUUGAUUUCAAAGCAUGUCUUUUUUUUGGUAUUUUAUUUUUCAAUUUGUUUUCUUUUUAAUAACCUCCAUAUGUUGUCCACUCGUCUUGAUGUUAUUGAAAAUGUAUAAGAAAAAUGGAGAACCGCACCCUUGAGGGAGCUCGGAUGCAAUAAUUUAUUGCAUACAUAUUCCCCAGUUCAAAGAAAGUGAAGGGACUCCCUACUGCAACAAUGAACAAACAAUUGAUUAAUUUUAAUGUAUCAAACAAAUUAUGGAGUACAAAAAAUGUAUGGAUGGCUGAAAUCUCAGUUAUGAAAAGCAAACUGACAUUGACUCCUGAGGUGCUGACCUGUUGCGCCCUCUAUAACCACUGUGAUUAUUAUUUGAUCCUACUGGUCAUCCAUUAACUUUUGAACAUUUUGAAGAACGAUCUGGCAAAAUGGCCAUGUACUCUUGUAAUCUCCACCCGGCAUAGCCAGAAGAGGACUGGCCACACCUCAGAGCCUGGUUCCUUUAGGUUUCUUUCUAUGUUCCAGCAUUUCUAGGGAGUCUUUCCAAGCCACCGUGCUUCUACAUCUGCAUGGCUUGCUCUCUGGCUUAGGUUCGGUUUCUGGGUAAGCAGUUUUUGACAACUGCUGAUGUAAAAAGGGUUUUAUAAAUAUAUUUGAUUGGAUUGUCAAUAUCAACUAAGUUGAAUUUGAAUUCUAAGGAAACAGUAUAGCUGUAACUGAAAGCUUUAAACGUCACUGACUGCUAAAUUAUGUGAUAAUUUAACAAGGUUGUCGUCACAUUAAAAUUAACUGCCUGGAACGGGUUAUUAUAUAUUAUUUUAUGGUUUCUAUGGACAGUUUUUUUCAUUGCCAAACAGAAUUAAAUGAAAUUCUCGACUGUUUUAAAGAAUGGAAGUAAACCCUGUUCUCCUUAU